ACUUUAGGCAAAAAAUAGUUAUGUUUUUUGUCCUCUCGCUUCCCGUAGCUGUAGUUGUCUACGUUGGCAACAUGGCGUCCUCAGAUGUCCACGUACGAAUAUGUGAACAAGAAAUACUGAAAUAUGACUUGGAAAUCAAGGCUCUCAUCCAGGACAUUACUGGCUGUGAUGGACCCCAUAGCAGGCUGACAGAACUGAAUACAGACGUAAAAAAGAGUUUCCACAACCUCAGAUUGCGCAUUCAGGACCUUGAGCAGAUGGCAAUGGAGCAGGACAAAGAGUCGGACAAACAGGCUUUGAUAACUCAGGUCGAGGGCCACAGAAAACAGAUGCUGAGUAACCAGACAGCUUGGAGGAAAGCCAACCUCGCUAGCAAACUGUCCAUUGACAAUAUGGAAAAGCAGGCUCUACUUAACAGGGGAGAUAGUGCUGUGAGGCAGAGAAAAAUGACCAAAGAAGGCCUGGCCCAGACUACAAGCAGCAUCACAGAAAAUCUCAUGAGUAUAAGCCGGAUGAUGGCACAGCAAGUUCAACAAAGUGAAGAGACUGUGAGCACUCUAGCAACCUCUUCAAAGACAGUCCAGGAGACCAAUGAGGAGUUUAAGACGAUGACUGGGACGAUACAGUUGGGAAGGAAACUCAUUACGAAGUACAACCGCCGAGAGCUCACUGACAAACUGCUCAUCUUUUUGGCUCUGGCACUAUUUCUGGCUACAGUGCUCUACAUCCUUAAGAAGCGUCUGUUCCCCUUCAUUUAGACCAGGUACCCAUAGGAGACGCACAUCUUAUAUUUCAUAUGUGUUCUGAACUCCCUCACUCCAGAGACAUAGAUUUAUUUGAUUUGCUUAUUUUAUUCAAAUGUUUUAAUUAUUGAUGCUAUGACAUUUGAGGAUAUUGCGACUGAAUUCCUGAAUACGUUAAAGUGAUGUUGAGCAUUACAGAAUGACAAAAUCUUAUGUAAUAUAAAUCGGACCACUAAUUUUAGUGUUUUUGUUGAGAAUGUAGAUCAUUCAUUUAUUUAAUAUAUCUAAUACACACCAAAAAUGUACUGUACUGAAUACUGUAUCUUACAACGCUUGUGUUACAGCAACAAUCAUUUGUUAAUUGCUAAGUGUUAUGACCAUGUCAGCCCUUAUACAAGCAUCUAUAUUUUUAAGAAGGUAGCUCAUGGUAUAAAAUAUUUUUACGUUUCUUCUAAAAAUUUUAAUUGUCAACUCAACUAUUUGAAAAGUAUAAUAAUUUUCUUCACCAAUUUGUGCCCUUGGAGACAAGUUGCUUUGCUGAGCAAACAUGGUAAUUUGACUUAUUGGUUUGGUCUCCACUCUGCUGCCGAGCAUAAAACCAGUGGCCCUGGUCGCCCUGGUCGCCCUGGCACAGAUAGAGCCGCAUGCAUCCCUGUCUUUCUUCAGAUAAGACCCGGAAAAGCAGAUUAUUCUGACCGGUUUCCCGCCUCCUGCUCCAUUGCAGAGGGAGGAUAUUUUUAGUUUGUAUGGCUUUGUUAUCUGACGUUGCCUUUUCAACACCUCAGAGGAGAGGGUGGCCAGAGGAGCUACAUGACCUUGCUCUUCACAUGACAAUUGCCUGGCAUUGCCAUUAUUUGAAAUAUUUAAAAUAUACAUUAUUAUACACAGGUUUCUACUGUAUUAAUUUUCAAUAAACAUGAGCUUUUGUGGCACAA